UUUCUCUACUGAACUACUUUGUUGGGAAGUUUUUCUAGCAAUCUGCCAAAAUCUUGCAACAUCAUUUUGUAUCUGGCUCUCUGGGAUGAUGGAGUUCAGAUGUUAAUCUUCUAUCUGCUGCCUCCUCGGCUACUUGGGUUGGAGGACGAGGACCGGCGUGCAUCAUGUCUGACUGGAGAAUUCUGGGAAUUGAAAUCCAAACAUCUGAAUGUUGCAAAAGUUGAACCACAGGGCUCUAGAAAGAGCAACUCUUCUCUUCCGCUCAAGUGCCCGGUUGACGAGACUGAACACCCAAUGAUGAGCCUUUCAUUCCUUUCGCUGUCCACGCCUCUCUGAUAGCGUGCGCACAUGCUCAUUUACCCUCUUUCCCGCGGCCGUGAAAGAGAAGGAGGCGGGGCGAUGGCAGGGCGUGGUUUUUGGACAAACGCUUGGUACCUGCGUUGCUAAGCGACGCGUGCUUGUCUCGCCUCUCUGCGACUACUCGCCGGAGGGCGCAAUUCGCGAUGGGCACCGCCGGUGAAUCCAAAGAGCUCUGGCGAUCUCGGACAUCAGAGUACAGAAAUAUCCUGAUGCAGUCACUCCGAAGGACUUCUUCCCUAUCCUUUAGCCUUCCAGCUAUGUUGGGCCAUUUCUCCAUCACUUCCAGCCCAUCACCAAGGCCAUGUUGCCUGAAGAUUUUUAGAUUUGAUCCAGCAUGGUCAAAGGGCUCCUUGCUGGGGGUCCCAGAGUAGACAAGCCUCAUAAUGACACAAAGGGUCACCAUCAAAGGGCAGCUGGGAAGAUGAUGACCCCGGAGGAGGAACAGCCUAGGCGUCUAAUCCAAUGGAAUACCCCAUCAAACCGUGGUGAGACUCAGCUUCGCCUUUUUUUAUUACAGACUGGAUUGGAAUAAUAUAAAAGAGAAAAAUGAAGCCGACCAGUGAACCUCUGCCUCGUGAACAUAGUACUGAGACUGUUCUCCAGUGCAUUUUAAAGGAAUCCAGUAGUGAAUUGGAUAGUUUACAAUGGCUAUCCCGUCAAGGGGCUUCUGAUCAUAGUUUUCUGCUUGCAAAGGCUGAAGAACUUCUGGAAAAUCGAAUCAAAGAUGGGGAGCCACUGGCAUAUUUUCUCAAAGGGCAACUUUAUUUUGAAGAGAAACGUUAUGAAGACGCAUUAUUACAAUUUGAACAAAACAAAGAUUUUCAGUCCAUGUAUCAGUUGGGUGUAAUGUACUACGAUGGAUUGGGAACUCCUCCAAAUUCUAAGAAAGGAGUUGAAUAUAUGAAGAAGAUUCUAAAUUCUGACUCUCCUAAAGCAAGACAUUUAAAAUUUGCUGCUGCAUACAACCUUGGUCGAGCUUACUACGAAGGACACGGGACUCAAUUUUCUGAAGAAGAAGCUGAAAGAUUAUGGCUUUUUGCUGCAGACCAUGGGAACCCAAAAGCAAGUGUAAAGGCUCAGAGUACACUUGGAAUGCUGUAUUCAGCACAUGCUAAGGAUCUUAAAAAGGCAUUCUUUUGGCAUUCAGAAGCUUGUGGGAACGGAAGCUUGGAAUCGCAAGGCAUCCUUGGGAUUAUGUAUCUUCACGGACAUGGCAUACAUCAAAACCUGAAGGCUGCUUUGGAGUGCCUCAAUCAGGCAUCGCAUCGAGGAAAUGUCUAUGCUAAAGGCCAUUUGGUGGAAUAUUAUUACAAAAGAAAAUUUUUUAUAAAAGCGGCCGAGUUUGCCAAAAGAGUAACAGAAAAUGACAAUGUUGAAAAGAUAGCAGAGGAAACAGAUUGUCUUCCUUUUUACAUAAGCAGAGGACUUGCAAUGGCUUCUUUCUACUUGGCCAGAUGCCUCCAUCUUGGCCGAGGAACCCAACAAGAUAUAGCAGCAGCUAAAAAUUAUUAUUCUAAGGCAUGUCGAUUGGAUCCUGCUGUAGCUGCUGAUCUUGAGCUGACUGCUAAUCAUGGGAGAAUUUAGAAUAUUAUUCUGCUGAAUCUGAGGAACACAUUUCUUUUAGCUUCUGAUUAAUAUGAACAAACUUCUUUUGUCUCCCUUUUCUUCAAUCAGAGUAAUGCAUAUAAAUUCCCUUCAGUAAAGUUAUAACCAUUACUUUGUAAAACUAUUCUUUAAUUCUGUUAAUAUAAUAAAAGUUGACUGAUAA